AUGACGCGCAAAUGUCUUGCUUGCGGCAAAGCGGGGCAUCGCUUGGAAAGCUGCAGCUCGAAAGCGGCUUUUGAGAUCAGCAGACUGAGAGCAAAAGUGGAGAAAACCAGACACAAGCCUGGUUCCAGGAACAAUCCUGGACGGCAAAGCCGAAAGAAAGGUUGGUCGAAAGAGAAAGCGAGGAAAGCUUACACCAAGCAAAAUGUUAGAAAGACUUUCUUGAAGAAGCGUCAGCAAGACUGCCGUGCAGGAUGGUCUCAGUUUCAGAAGAGUUUGCAGAAGAACAUAGGUGACCCGAUGUUGGCGUACCAGAAGUUGAAGGAUGCCGGUUUUCUGCAUGAGCCAGUUCGAUGUUUGGCUUGCGGAUGGAAUUACUUGGGACCUCCAGCUGAGAAUGCAGCUUCUGAUGUACUUAGUGUCUAUGUUCAAUGUAGCAGGCGCGAAUGCCGCACAAAGAACAAUGUAGUCUCCUAUGGUGUCUUUCGGGGGCUUCGUUCCAACUGCUGUGAUCUAUUGCGAGCAAUAGAAAACUACUGCGGCCAAACCUACAUGCGUGCACCGCACGUAGCCACCAUGGAGCUGGCAACUUCGCUGGGACGAGAUACGAGUUCUGACCAAAGCAGUUUCCGCCCCUCGAUCGAUCUAUCAACCGCUUUUGCAAUGAACAGCGCGCACUCGGAUGUGAAGUUAGUCGAGACGAGGAGCUCUGUUUCGAUCGUGACAACCGCCCUUCCUUCAAACCUGGUGAACCCUCAUGUGAAAUUUGUCGAGUCGUUCAUGGAUGAUACGUGCCGUGGGAAGCACGAGUGGACCUUUGAAUUUGACUCGACCUACAAGAGGGCACCUGGUGGAGGCAUCCACUUCUGCAAACAGUGCGGAUGCCUUAAUGAUGAGUUGAUGCAGACCCAAGUCCAAGGUGAGUGUGAGUACGGCGCGUCGUUCAACCCUGAAGGUGUAAGCUGCAGCGAGCGCUUGGUGGUAGAUGUGCGGGGCCAUGUGAACUGGCACCGUGACGAGGAGAUUCGUGUCUUCCGGCGGAGUGAUGUGGUGGGGGUGUCCUAUGUGACCAGGUUGGCUGAUCCGGACGACUUCAAAGCCUUUGAGUUUGGACGGGAAGGGCGUGGUCUCUUUGCCUUCAUGGAGAAACGACUCCCCGUGGUCUUGGCAGUGAUCCUGGCGCUCUUCAACGUCUUUACUGUUGCGGUGGUGAUCGCCUUUGCCUUUGCGUGGACCUUGUGGCAGGUCUUUCCCGGCAACCACGCUGGCUAUGAGAUGUCCGCGGGGCCGGACUAUCGACCCCUGACGCUGAGCGCCAUCCAAGCCUUCUGCAUGCUGGGCUUGUCGGCCCUGGUGGCCUAUUGGCUGGAAGUGGAGACGGCGAGCUUCUUGGGCUGGAAGCCCAAAGUCUGCAGGCGUGUAUGGCUGCUCUGGAGCAACCGGACAGUGCUGUGUUGCUACUUCCUAUGGUCCUUUUACGUCUUCCUGGCGUGCCCGAUUGCCUAUGCAGUGACUUGGAAGUUAGAUUGCACCACUGAUCUUUGCGAAGCCGGUAGUACAGGUGUUGCCACCUGUGGUGUCAACGGAUGCACCUGUAGCAGUAUCAUGGACAUGAGCUGUACCCCCGCAAUCAGCAAGAUGGGCGCCCUGUGCGCCAGCGUCCAGCAACCGCUCUGCCGACACGUGAACAGCACUGGACCGGUGAGCGGCGCGCAUAUUCCGAUGCUCAUGGCAGCCUUUGUGAUGUCCGGACUGGGCUGUUUGCUGGCUCUCCUGUGGGUUGUGAACAUGAUUUUUAUCUAUGGCUCUUGGACACUCGAGUGUGGACAAGCACGACAAUUGGCGCAGAAACAAGCGCGCGUGCAUCAUCACAGGUUCGCGGUGUCCUUCCGUUCGCGCAGUUCUUCCUCGGGGUUGCCGGUGGUCAUCACGCUGAGUGCCAAGGAAGAUCCCGAGGAGGUGAUCAAGGUCCUACUGCCGGAAGUGGAUCUGGGCGAUCCUCUCUUCUAUGGCGAAAACGAUGGCGCCAGCACCGACGUCCCGCCUGCGGAAGAUGAUCCGGAUAGCCCGGUGGAGCCGCAGUGGUGCUAG